AUGGCCGAACAAACAGAACAUGACUACCGCACCAGCACAUCAGACGAUGGCAUCGAGUCGCGCGACGGAAGCCCCACCGAUGGCGCAGGCGGCGGAGGGGGAGCCGUGCCGCUAGAAAAGCAAAGCACAGCGGCGUCGGGCCUGUCGGUGUUUGAGCAACGCGCGCAGUCAGUGGUCUCGCGGAUCCGCAGCCGUGAACCUGGACAGACGGCGCGGUUCACGCAUCCACUGUUGCAUACCAAGACCACGAGCGAUGUCAUUGUCGAUUUUGAGGGGCCGGAUGAUCCGUAUCGGCCCUUAAACUGGGGGUUCAAGAAGAAGGCGGUUACCACCGUGUUGUAUGGAUUGACGACCAUGGAUGAUAUCUGCUCUAUCUCAAUUUUCUACUUAGUACUAAAAAUCAACUUCAGCUACUCGACCGGCCAGGCGCAGAUCAGCGAGGAAUUCGGGGUAUCACUCGAAGUCUCGACGCUCGGUACCUCGCUCCUGCUAUUCGGGCUGGGACUUGGCCCGUUGGUAUGGGCACCACUAUCCGAAGUCUUUGGGCGCAAGCCAGCCGUCCUGGGACCGUACUUCCUCGCGGGCAUCUUCUCGUUCGCCACGGCCACAGCAAAGGACCUGCAGACCGUUAUGCUGACGCGGUUUUUCACCGGGUUCUUUGGGUCAGCCCCCGUAACGAACACCGGCGGAGUCUUGAGCGAUAUCUGGACUCCUGAGCAGCGUGGCGCGGCCAUCGUCGGGUAUGCCAUGGCCGUGGUGGGCGGGCCGGUGCUUGGUCCUAUUGUGGGAGGUGCGAUUGUCCAGAGCUAUCUGCACUGGCGCUGGACUGAAUACAUCACCGGGAUCAUGAUGAUGUUCUUCCUUUUCCUAGACGUCGUCUUCAUCGACGAGAGCUACCCACCCGUACUACUAGUCUACAAGGCGCGCCGCCUCCGCUUCGAAAGCGGCAACUGGGCUCUUCAUGCCCGCCACGAAGAAUGGGACGUGACAUUCAAAGAGCUGGGCAACAAGUAUCUAAUCCGCCCAUUCCAGCUCCUCGCCACCCCGAUCUGUUUCCUCGUCGCCCUCUACGCCUCCUUCGUCUACGGCAUCCUCUACCUAAGUCUAGCAGCCUUCCCAAUCGUCUUCCAAGAAGUGCGUGGCUGGAACCAAGUCGUCGGUGCCCUCCCUUUCCUAGCAUACCUGGUCGGAAUCCUCAUCGGCGCGGUCAUCAACCUCUCCAACCAGCGCUUCUACAUCCGCCGCUUUAAGGCCAACAACAACCGCCCCGUCCCCGAAGCACGCCUGCCGCCUAUGAUGCUCGGCUCGGUGCUGUUCGCCGCCGGUAUGUUUGUGUUUGGAUGGACUAGCCCGCGCCACAUCCAUUGGAUCGGCCCCGUUAUCGGCGCUGUCAUGAUGGGCUUCGGCUUCUUCACUAUCUUCCAGGCUGCCCUGAACUACCUCAUCGAUACCUUCCAGAAGGUCUCUGCCAGUGCUGUGGCUGCAAACACGUUUCUGCGCUCUGUCUUUGCGGGCUGUUUCCCGCUCUUUACCACGGCCAUGUUUCAUAACCUUGGCGUUCCUUGGGCCGCUAGUGUCCUAGGGUUCGUUUCUAUUGCGCUGAUUCCGAUCCCGUAUCUCUUCUACACUUACGGGAAACGGAUCCGAGCUCGUGGGAAGUGGUCACAGGAUUCGGUAUAG